GAAAUAUGUCACCUUACUUAAUGUCCUACUUGAACAAGUACGUGGAGCCGGUUAAAAACAGCGACGCUAUUUGGCUUUCGGCGGCCUCGUUGGCGUGUCAAGGCGUCGCUAUGCCCCUCUCCGGACUCAUCCUCUUGAAAAUUGGUUUUCGCCCGAUUGUUAUCCUCAGUUGUAUACUAAACAGGUGCGUGGUGUAG